UCCCAAACGAGGAGUAGCCGUUUCCAUAGAGACAUGGCUGUCUAUGGCCAGUGAUGCUAGAAGGCGAUUUCUGGCUCUUUAAAAGCUGCAACAAUGUCACAGCUUUCUGCUGGCGAUGAGGUGCAACUACAGUCUCUCCUCAAGCAGCUACUGAGAAGCAUCAGCGACAAGAUCUCUGGAGCGCCGUCCACUGAAUGUGCCGAGGAGAUUCUCCUCCACCUGGAGGAGACCGACAAGAAUUUCCACAACUAUGAGUUCGUCCGAUACCUCCGUCAGCAUGUGGAGAGCUCUCUGGGUCCGGUGGUGGAGGAUGAGCUGCAGAACCUGACCAGAGGAGGACAACAUGCAGUCGGACCCGGACAGGACACCUCAGUUCAAGCCGUGACUCGGAGAACUAGAGACUCAGCUCAGUGCCAUCAGAUGCUGCAGACGUUAAAAGCCACCAUGAUGGUGGCCGUAGAGUCUCUGAUCACCAAAUUUGACGAGGACCAGCUGAGAAAAGAGGAGAUGCACAGAGAGAUUGAACGCUGCCAGUCCAACAGCCAGUUCGCUGAUAACUGCUCAGACAGCGACUCCUCCUUCAACCAGAGCUACGCCUUCAUCCGACAGGAGCAGCUGCAGGUUCUGGCUGAAAAACUUGACUCCAGCAAACCGAAAGAGGUGCGAUGUGAGGCUCUGCAGGCUCUCUGCUGCGCUCCUCCGUCCGACGUGCUGAGCUGCGAGAGCUGGAGCACGCUGCGCAGGAACCUCUGCUCCGCUCUCGCCGAACCCGACCUCAGCGAAAAUGUGCUGCAGUUUUUCGCUAAAAGCUUUUCUUCAUCGCCACUAAACGUGACCAGAGAGAUCUACACCAGCUUGGCAAAGAGUCUGGAAUCGGCUUUUCUGUCUCAGAGGUUAAACUUCCCAACCAGAUCAGCUGCUGUUGACAUCAACAGUCCUCAGAUCAGUCGUCUCCUCAAACAGAUUCGACUGAUGAAUGAUUUCCAGAAGGAGGUGACGACCUUCUGGAUCCGUCACCCAGAGAAAUACAUGGAGGAGAUUAUAGAGAGCACUUUCUGUCUUUUGUCCUCCCAUCACGACCAUGGCUCAACUGGAACAGAGAAAACGCUGGAACCGGUCCAUUUGCUGUCCAUACUGGACAUUAAAGCCACCUGGUUCAAUAAAUGGAUGCAUGGCUACUACAGCAGGACGGUGGUUCUCAGGCUCCUUGAGAGAAAAUAUAAGACUCUGAUUGUAUCGGCUCUUCAACAGUGUUUACAUUUCAGUGAGUCCUCUGAACGCAGCUCAAGUGAGGCUGCUGAACCUCAUGUGGAGGACUCCACUGACCCUGGUUUGCCACAGAGAGGCGUUUUUACCAGGAGGGAUCUUGAAUAUUCGUUCUUUGUUCACUCUUUAUGCAUCCUGGGUAAAAUCAUCAUCUACACCAACGGACGAAAACUCUUUCCCAUCAAAAUUAGGAAACACAAAGACCCGGUUACUCUGACAGACCUGAUUGUCGUCCUGAUUAACAUCAUGUAUCGACACCCCCGACCUUCGAACGGCGACUCGUCACCGACAGGCUUGCUGUCGCCCAGCUGUCUGGUGAUGGAGGUGCUCUGGAUGUUAUGUGAACGAACAGAAUGUGCUGCUGAUUGUCUCCACCAGACUCCUGUUAUUGAGACUCUGCUCGCACCUGUUGUUGCUCUCCUCAAUGCACAACAGACGAACCUGAAGAGUCCUGCAGCCACUCUGAUUCUCAUCGCCGACGUUUUGGCCCGAAUCGCAAACACCGACAGAGGAUUAGCGCUUUUCCUGUACGAGAAGAACCUUGUUGUUGCCCACAGUGAAAAAACCUUCGCUGCUCACAUCGUCGUCCAGUUCACCUUGAGGCUGCUGAAUAAAGCCCUGCCGUCUCUAAGCGAAUCGGAAGCGUCUCAGACGUUAUGUGGAGCUUUCAUCUUUGUUUGUAGACAGAUGUACAACACCUGUGAGGGUCUGCAGGUCCUGCAAACAUACGGUCUGCACAAAGCCAUCGCUGCUGCUUGGAAAAAGUCAAGUUCUUUAUCAGAAAGGAUCCCAACUCCAGUUUCUGGAUCCUACACCGGACCAUCCACCCAGGAAACGGCAAACAUACCGUACUUGGAGAACUUUUUGAGUUUAACUGUGAUUAACUGGUGUCCCACAGGGCUCUAUUUAUAUUGUGGACACGCAUUUGCCCAGUCCUACAUGCAGAUCUCAGCCAACUCCCUUUGGACCCAAUUUACUCAAAUUCUCUGCAAGGUGAGUCGCUGUGAGAAGUUUGGGUACGGAGUGAUGGUGACACAGGUAGCGGCGACGGCUCCAGGGGUUGCAGCUCUGCACAGCUCAGGUUUUGUCAGAUUGCUGGUUGUGGAUCUGUGGUCGGCUCUCGAAUGUGGAGGUGACGAUGCCAGAGUCGUCCGGCCCAAACCGACGCCCAUGGACUCCAUAGACAGAAGCUGCCUCAAGUCCUUCCUGUCCCUGGUCAACCUCCUGUCCUCCUCCCUCUCCGUUUGGGAGCUUCUGAGCCGACAGCCGUUGGCGAACAAGAGCGAAUACAGCCUGAGAGAAAUCCCAUCCUCCAUCCCUGAUUUGAUUGACAGGCUGGUUGCCGUGGAUUCGGACGUGAAGAUCCACUCGCUGUUCCAGUACGAGCAGUCGCACACCUUCGGCCUGAGACUGCUCGGUGUGCUCUGCUGCUGCUUGGACUCCUUCCUGCUGCUGGAGAGCCAGUACAACAUCUGCUGCACGCUGCUGCAGAGUCAGAGGGAAAACGUCGCUGACCGAGACGCCACAGACGGGGCGAUCAUCAUCGACAGCCUGUCAGUGGAGAGGAAUCACGUCUUGGUUCGUGUUCAUGUGGUCGGAGGUCCGUCUGAGAGGCGGCUUCCCUCUCGAGCCCUGGAAGAGGGAGAGCUUCCUUACUCCUGGCCGAUGUUUCUGAGCUAUCCUCCUCCGUCCUGCUAUGUUCCAGCCUUACAGGCCAGAAACGACACGCAAGAAUGUGAGAUCGGUGCGUUUCUGGCUUCAUCCAAAGAACCAAGAGGUGAGGAGAGUUGGUUGGAGAUCUGCAGGAGACAUUUCUGCAAAGCCAUGAAAUCAAAGCCCAACACGUUAACUGGGAAAGUGCUGGCUGACCUUCUGGAGAAAGUCGUGGUCCAUUUAUCCAGCUCUGCCUCCGGAAGCUUCUUCUCUCCGGCUCAGUACAAAGCAGCGGAGAAAAACAUGAAAAAUGUUGAUUUAUCGUCUGUGGAGCAGCUGGGAAUCCAAACAUGCUUCAGGUAUGGCUGCUACCUCCAGCUGCUACAGGAAGACGCAGAGAGCGACUUGGAGCUGCUGAUGAAACACAUGAAGAGCUUCCUGUCCACACAGAGAGUGAAGACUUCAUCGGCUCUUGUGAGUCUGCAGGACGGCUAUCCGGGCCACGACUGGCUGGCCUCCACCGUUUUCCUCAUCAUGGCUGGAAACGUGGAGCGAUCUUUGCAUCUGCUGCUCAACCUCUCCUGCCUGCUUUCGUCUGCGUUCAUCUGGCCUGCAAGGAUUCAUGCAUCUGUCCACGUCCCUCAGGAAGUAGCCGAAUCGGGAAUCUCUCCAGUCUACUGGUGCACGGCUCAUUACGUGGAGAUGCUGCUGAAAGCCGAAGUCCCUCUGGUCCAUUCUGCCUUCAGGAUGUCUGGCUUCACUCCUUCACAGGUGUGCCUCCACUGGCUCACUCAGUGUUUCUGGAAUUAUCUGGACUGGACCGAGAUCUGCCAGUACAUCUGCACCUGUGUGGUGAUGGGUCCAGAUUACCAGGUCUACCUGUGUGUGGCCGUUUUCAAACACCUGGAGCCUGAGAUCCUGGAGCGCACGCAGUCCCAAGAGCUGCAGCUCUUCCUCAAGGAGGAGCCGAUUAAAGGGUUUGAGUUCAGCAGCUACCUGGAGUUCAUGACGGGACUGCAGCGCAGCUACCGGGACGCCGUCCUGACCGACAUGGAAAGCAUCAGAAACCCUCCAGAGUAAAACUCUCUCUCACCUUCUGGUCACCAAGUUGGAGAUAUUCUAACAAUAUCUGAGCCUAAUGCUGUAAUUUGAGCGUAGAUGUGUGAAAUAUUAAUGWGUAGCUGUGUUUUCUGCCCGGUGAAUAAAACUGUGCAGAAUAAUCUGAAAGAACAAACAGAAUAACUGCAGUAACAUUAUGCAAGAUCCCAAUAAUCAGUUUCAAUCCGCUUCUCUUCCAGAUUACAUCUGUAAAAAUGUGUAUAUAAUUACUGUACUGUACGUGAAACUUAUUUCUGUUGUGUAAAUAUUAAUUCCUGUGAGUUUUUGUAUGAAGAUGUUCUGAUGUAUUAAAAUAAGGUUUUCAAUACA